AUGUGCCCUGCCAACAAGGGACUGAUAGACAUGGCCAACCGCGACUUUGAACCUCCGCAAGAGUAUUUCUCAGUCUCUACCAUCGCGGUAAAUCCGGACAGGAUUGAUGAGGCCCAUGCAUGCCUAACUGAAGUCGCCGAAGCAACUUUAAAAGAACCAGGCGCCAAGAUAUACAGAUUCUACAAGACCGAAGGCAAAGACGAGUUUGUCUGCAUGGAAAAAUUUACAAGUCGAGAUGCUUAUGCAGCGCAUACUAGCUCAGAACAUGUCAAGGAAUGGGCGAAGAAGUAUCUCGAUUCUGGUAUUUUUGUAGGAAGUUUCACAUUUCACCAUCUUGCGAAGGAGGGGCCUGGGGCUGGAGGCUUCGAUCGACCUUGA